GCAGCAGGUCGCUGAUGGAAAACUGAGGGAUUUACCCCACCUUCUGGCUUUAUUUAUGUUUCUCUAUUGAGGGCACCAUCCGCCGGAGAAAAACUCAGUCAUACGGGAAUAUCUAAAAAUCAGGGAUCCAGCCUCCAUUGGGACAGGUUCUCCUCGCCCCGUCGCAGCGCGUCAUGUAUGAAGGCAAAAAGACGAAAAACAUGUUUUUAACCAGAGCUUUGGAAAAGAUCUUGGCCGACAAGGAGGUGAAAAAGGCUCAUCACUCGCAGCUGCGCAAAGCCUGCGAGGUGGCACUAGAGGAAAUCAAGGCGGAAUCUGAGAAAUUAAGCCCACCGGCUGGGGACAACAAGUCAAGUUCCAGUACUUUGCCGCCAAUCAAAUCCAAGACCAACUUCAUUGAAGCAGAUAAGUACUUCCUGCCGUUUGAGUUGGCCUGUCAGUCCAAAUGUCCGCGCAUCGUCAUCACCUCUCUAGACUGUUUACAGAAACUCAUAGCAUAUGGUCACCUGACGGGCAGCGCUCCAGACAACACCACCCCCGGAAAAAAGCUCAUCGAUAGGAUCAUAGAGACUAUAUGUGGCUGUUUCCAAGGACCACAGACGGAUGAAGGCGUCCAGUUGCAAAUUAUAAAGGCCUUGCUCACAGCCGUGACCUCGCAGCACAUAGAGAUCCACGAAGGCACGGUUCUGCAGGCCGUGAGAACGUGCUACAACAUCUAUCUGGCCAGUAAGAACCUCAUCAACCAGACCACGGCCAAAGCCACCCUCACGCAGAUGCUGAAUGUGAUAUUCGCCCGCAUGGAGAACCAAGCACUUACAAAUCACAAGAUCAGUUGGUCUUUGGCAUCAAGAAAGCGAGAUCGUCAGCUUCAGGAAGCCAAACAGAUGGAGAGAGAAAGGCACAGGCAGCAUUCUCCAGUCAGCCAGCAAGAACCAGAGUCUCCCGGACAACGGCACACCGAAACCCCCGGCAAGAGCCUGCCCGCGGAGACCAACGGUGGGCCGGGACACCAGGGCAGCAAGGUCGAGCAGGGGUCCCCGCCAUACGAGAGUCCCGAACCGGAGAACGGCACCGACUUCUGCCCCGCGGAGAAUGAGCAGACCGAGGCAGACCAGGCUACUGCCGCUGCGAAAAGUGCGGCAGAGCAUGGCACGGGAGCAACCGAGGAAGAAGAAAACCAGAACUAUGAAGAGAAGGCGCAGGAGAUUGUACAGAGCAUCUUACAAGAAGUCGUAAACACAAUUGCUGGAGAUGUUAAAGAAAGCCGUGAGGGCGAGGCUGAGCCAGCUGAGGGCAUUCCAAACUCACUGGAAGAGGAGGGAGGCUUGAGCAGCGACAACGAAAACGUUCACGCCAACGGCAUCCCUGGAACGCCCAUCUCUGCCAGCUUCACUCCGUCCCUACCCGACGACAGACUGUCUGUCUCUUCCAAUGACACUCAGGAAUCGGUAGCUACCACUGGUCCAGCACCAGGCGCAAAAUUUUCCCAUAUUCUCCAGAAGGAUGCAUUUUUGGUAUUCCGUUCACUCUGCAAGCUCUCCAUGAAGCCCCUUUCAGACGGUCCCCCUGAUCCGAAAUCCCAUGAGCUGCGCUCCAAGGUCCUCUCGCUGCAGCUCCUUCUGUCCAUUCUGCAGAACGCUGGACCCAUCUUCAAAACCAACGAGAUGUUCAUCAACGCCAUCAAGCAGUACCUGUGCGUAGCGCUGUCCAAAAACGGCGUCUCCUCCGUCCCCGAGGUGUUCGAGCUGUCGCUGUCCAUCUUCCUCACCCUCCUGUCCAACUUUAAGACGCAUCUCAAGAUGCAAAUCGAGGUGUUUUUCAAAGAGAUUUUUCUUUAUAUUCUGGAAACGUCCACAAGCUCAUACGACCACAAAUGGAUGGUCAUUCAAACCCUCACUAGAAUAUGUGCUGACGCCCAGAGUGUCGUAGACAUUUAUGUAAAUUAUGAUUGUGACCUGAAUGCUGCUAAUAUUUUCGAGAGGCUGGUGAAUGACCUCUCAAAGAUUGCACAAGGACGAGGAGGCCAUGAACUGGGUACAACCCCACUUCAGGAGCUGACUCUAAGGAAGAAAGGACUGGAGUGUCUGGUGUCCAUUCUCAAGUGUAUGGUGGAGUGGAGCAAAGACCAAUAUGUCAACCCCAACUCCCAGACAAGUCUCGGCCAAGAAAAGCCUUCAGAACAGGAGACCAAUGAGUCGAAGCAUCCGGAAACGAUUAACCGUUACGGCAGCAUAAACUCUUUGGACUCCACUGCCUCGUCGGGCAUCGGGAGCUACAGCACGCAGAUGUCCGGAACAGACAACCCUGAGCAGUUUGAGGUCCUCAAACAACAGAAGGAGAUCAUUGAGCAAGGCAUUGACCUGUUCAACAAAAAACCAAAGAGGGGCAUUCAGUACCUGCAGGAGCAAGGCAUGCUGGGAACCACGCCCGAAGAUAUCGCCCAGUUCUUACAUCAAGAGGAGAGGCUUGACUCUAUCCAGGUAGGAGAGUUUCUCGGAGACAACGAUCGCAUCAAUAAAGAGGUUAUGUAUGCCUACGUCGACCAAAUGGACUUCCAGGGCAAAGACUUUGUGCCGGCUCUGCGCAUGUUCCUUGAGGGUUUCCGUCUGCCCGGAGAGGCCCAGAAAAUCGAUCGACUGAUGGAGAAAUUUGCUGCUAGAUAUUUAGAAUGCAACCAAGGGCAAACACUGUUCGCCAGCGCCGACACCGCGUACGUCCUCGCAUAUUCAAUCAUCAUGUUGACUACAGAUCUACACAGUCCGCAGGUGAAGAAUAAAAUGACGAAAGAGCAAUACAUCAAGAUGAACAGAGGUAUCAAUGACAGUAAAGAUUUACCGGAGGAGUAUCUCUCAGCCAUUUAUGAUGAAAUCGCAGGGAAAAAAAUAUCCAUGAAGGAGACAAAGGAGUUAACUCUAAAGUCAAAUAAGCAAAGUGUGGCCAGUGAAAAGCAGAGGAGGCUUUUGUAUAAUGUUGAGAUGGAGCAGAUGGCAAAGACAGCCAAGGCUCUGAUGGAGGCCGUAAGCCACGUUCAGGCCCCCUUCACCAGCGCCACCCACCUAGAGCACGUCAGACCGAUGUUUAAGCUGGCAUGGACACCCUUCCUGGCUGCGUUCAGCGUGGGUCUGCAGGACUGUGACGACACCGAGGUGGCCUCUCUGUGCCUGGAGGGAAUCCGCUGUGCUAUCAGGAUAGCGUGCAUCUUCAGCAUUCAGUUGGAGCGAGACGCAUAUGUACAGGCUCUCGCCCGCUUCACGUUGCUGACGGCCAGCUCGGGCAUCACCGAGAUGAAGCAGAAGAACAUCGACACCAUCAAGACCCUCAUCACAGUGGCUCACACGGAUGGAAAUUAUUUAGGAAACUCUUGGCAUGAGAUCCUGAAGUGCAUUAGUCAGCUGGAGUUGGCCCAGCUCAUCGGGACAGGCGUGAAGGCUCGGUACAUAUCAGGAACCGUAAGGGGGAAGGAAGGUUUCAUCACCAGCACAAAGGAACAGACGUCUGACGAGUACCUGGGCUUGGGAGGGAACGUCGAUCGCAAACAGAUCGCAAGCAUUCAGGAGUCUAUUGGAGAAACCAGCUCGCAAAGUGUUGUGGUCGCUGUCGACCGGAUAUUUACAGGCUCUAUCAGGCUUGAUGGAAACGCCAUCGUGGAUUUCGUACGAUGGCUGUGUGCUGUAUCGAUGGACGAACUGGCUUCUCCCACACACCCUCGAAUGUUCAGUCUGCAGAAGAUCGUGGAGAUAUCGUACUACAACAUGGGUCGUAUCAGGCUGCAGUGGUCCAGGAUAUGGGAGGUCAUAGGCGACCAUUUCAAUAAGGUCGGCUGUAAUCCCAACGAGGAUGUUGCUAUUUUCGCCGUGGAUUCUCUGAGGCAGCUGUCCAUGAAAUUUUUGGAGAAGGGCGAGCUGGCCAAUUUCAGAUUCCAGAAGGAUUUCCUCAGGCCGUUUGAGCACAUAAUGAAAAAGAACAGAUCUCCCACCAUUAGGGACAUGGUGGUCCGCUGUAUAGCCCAGAUGGUCAACUCUCAGGCUGGGAAUAUUAGAUCAGGGUGGAAGAACAUUUUCUCCGUGUUCCAUCUCGCCGCCUCUGAUCAGGAUGAGAGUAUUGUAGAGCUGGCCUUCCAGACAACUGGACACAUCGUCACGAAUGUAUUCGAGAAGCAUUUCCCAGCUACCAUUGAUUCCUUCCAGGACGCUGUCAAAUGUCUGUCUGAGUUUGCCUGCAACGCUUCUUUCCCCGACACCAGCAUGGAGGCAAUCCGUCUCAUCCGCCACUGCGCCAAAUACGUCUCCGACCGACCUCAGGCAUUUAAAGACUACACCAGUGAUGAUAUGAAUGUUGCUCCGGAGGAUCGCGUCUGGGUCAGAGGCUGGUUCCCCAUCCUCUUUGAGCUGUCGUGCAUCAUCAACAGGUGUAAGCUGGACGUCCGGACCAGGGGUCUGACGGUGAUGUUUGAGGUGAUGAAGACUUACGGUCACACCUACGAGAAACACUGGUGGCAGGAUCUCUUCCGCAUCGUGUUCAGGAUCUUCGACAACAUGAAGCUCCCAGAGCAACAGACUGAGAAAGCGGAGUGGAUGACCACCACCUGCAACCAUGCACUUUAUGCUAUUUGUGACGUUUUCACACAGUACUUUGAAUCUCUCAGCGAUGUUCUGUUAGAUGAUAUCCUAUCUCAGCUCUACUGGUGUGUUCAGCAGGAUAAUGAGCAAUUAGCGAGAUCAGGCACUAACUGCCUUGAAAAUGUGGUUAUCCUCAAUGGUGAGAAGUUUAACGCUGAGACCUGGGACAAGACCUGCAACUGUAUGCUGGACAUCUUCAAAACCACCAUCCCACACAUGUUGUUGACAUGGAGACCGGCUGGUACAGAGGGAGAUCAUGUGACCCAGCUCGACUCUGAUAAACAGCUGGACUCCAUUUCCCAGAAGUCAGUGGAUAUUCAGACUCGGUCAGAUGACCAGCAGUCGGUGAACAGCAUGGAGAAGGCUUUGGCUGAGAACCGCAGGCAGAGCCAGUUCAGUGUGGCUUCAGAAGCCCAGGAACAAAGGCUGUUUGCAGCUCUGCUCAUAAAGUGUGUCGUCCAGCUGGAGCUCAUUCAGACCAUAGACAACAUUGUGUUCUUUCCUGCAACUAGUAAGAAGGAGGAUGCUGAAAACUUUGCAGCAGCGCAGAGAGAUGCUUUGGACGCUGACGUACACGUGGAUACUCAGGACCAGGGAAUGUAUCGCUACCUGACCUCAGAACAGCUGUUUAAACUGCUCGACUGUCUUCUAGAGUCCCACCGCUUUGCUAAGGCCUUUAACUCCAAUAACGAACAGAGAACCGCGCUGUGGAAGGCUGGUUUCAAAGGGAAGUCGAAGCCCAAUUUGCUGAAACAGGAGACCAGCAGCCUGGCGUGUGGCCUGCGCAUCCUCUUCCGCAUGUACGUGGACCAGAGCAGACAGGACGCCUGGGAGGAGGUGCAGAGGAGACUGCUCAACGUGUGCAGUGACGCUGUGGCCUACUUCCUGACCCUGACGUCCGAGAGCCACCGCGAGGCCUGGACUAACCUACUGCUGCUCUUCCUUACCAAAGUGCUCAAGAUCAGCGAUGACAGGUUCAAGGCCCACGCGUCCCGGUACUACCCCCUGCUUUGUGAGAUCAUGCAGUUUGACCUGAUCCCGGAGCUGAGGGCCGUCCUGCGCAAGUUCUUCCUGCGCAUCGGAUUGGUUUUCCAGAUCAGCCAGAGUUUGGAAGCAGAUCGGCCUUCAGGCGUCCAGACUCCCAACGACGCCUAGAGGAAGCUACGAGCAGCAGUGCCUGUUCCUGAGCGCCACAGAUGUCUCUUUUCAUCUGCAGGACGCGAGCAUCUGAUCUCCUGCACCCAAUGAGGAACGAGGAGACGGAAAAGAUGGAUAUGAUGGUACUAAUAUCGACCCUCCCCACCCCCCCCUUUGAGGCUCUGCUCUGGACAAACAGCCAAUCCCAGAUCAGGAACUACGUCCCACCCACUGGACAAAUGACCGGGCCUUGUACAAUAGGAUCAAAUUAUCUAGAACAUCAUGAGGAUGCUGAAUAGCGCUACUACUAUACAAAUGCUUGACCUUUGAGAUCUUCGAAAGGUCCAGAUAUAUUUCAAAAAGGUGUCUUGGCAUUAUAUUAAAAGCUGAUUGAAGAAUGACAGAAGGGUUGCAGAUCAAGCAACGUGAUGCGAUGUUUCUCAAGCGAUUCCGAUUUUUGUUUCCUUUUGUCGCGUUUGCACCGCUAAUGGCUAACAUUAGCAUGAAUAACUAGUUGUACAGAAUUCCAGCUUUGUAAUAUAAUCUCACAACACUAGAUUUUGUUUUUCUGUAUCUUUUUUUUUUUUUUUUUCGUUUGUUCCUCGGAAAAAAAAAAUUUGCUGCACUUGUUUUCUUGAUCAAAAUGCACUGGAGAUUUUUACUUUUGUGAUAAAUUAUUGAACUAUGCCAUCUUUCCCUCCAUAACUGUCCAGCUAGAGAUUUCUAAUACGAUAUAAGGCGAUUAGUUCGAUUUACUCCAUUUUAUAUACGCUGACACUUUUUUAAUUAAACACUGAGGGCGACUGAGAUCCUUUUAAAAGGAAAUAAAACUGGAACGUGAAAAUUGAGGGCGAGUUAAAUGUGAGCUGCAUCUGAAUCACUGGUUUGUAUCCCCGUUUGGAGUUAGGCUUCACUAUACAUGUACAAAUUUUUAAAAAAAAGAAGUUAAUAUAUUUAAAAUCUUCUCUUUGGUUUUGGGGGUGGGGUUGUAUUGUAUAGAAAUUAAUGAUAGCUGCGCUUUAAAACCGUUGAUGGAUUAAGGAUGUGAAGCAUUCCUGGCUAGUGAGGGUGACUGUAAUGGUACAGCCCUGUAAAGUUUUCUAUAUGGAAUAAAAUGAUCUGUACAACUCUA